AUGCCCGAUGUAUCCACUCCAAAACGGUACUUCAUGUACCGACGAAAGCUAUUCCGAAUGAAUAGCAGCAAGAUAUCAGACAUUUGGGACAGCGACUUCUAUCCAUCCCAAUCAAAGGAUCCAGAUCAAAAUGCGAAUCCAAGAACCACCACCGAAAUAACUAGCCAAAUUCAACUUCUACCACCCGAGCUGCUUCUCCAGAUUAUCGACUUCCUCCCUGCCACCAGUAUCCCGAGUUUUCGAGUAACAUGCCACUACUUCCAGGGAAUCUGCAAGACGAUGAGCGUGGCCUCGCGGCUGCAUAGUCUUUUAGCAACGGAGAGAGAUGAAAUCGCGUGGCUACAUCGUGUCGAUCGUUUCCACCACCUGGCAGAGAGGGAAAAGAAUUUCGAAACUCCCUAUCUCCAAGGCACCAAGAUCCUCUGCAGCUUUUGCACCGAUCUUCACCCAUCAUCUCUAUUUUACAAGGCUGAGGAGUUGAAAUCUGCCAACGAGCGGAAGUGCAUCGGAAGCACUGCACCUUUUUACAUCUGCCCAGGCGUCCAGUUAACCUUCAAAGGCGUAUGUGGACUCUAUGACCGUAGAGAAUGGUACACGUGCUUUUGCCAGGAUAUAUGCAAACACGAUUCUCAUCAGUCAGAGCCGCUCAUUGGGUCCUCAAUACAGCGCACUCUGAUCCGCAUAUCUUACAAGGAAUCUUACAUGCCCACCUCUCCAACAGACUACGUCAAGUACACGGGCCAAGUCAUCCUGCCCAACAAAACACUAUCCUAUCCGAGGUAUGGUCUUUCGUCAGCCACUGUACGCAGGGUGCUAGUCCAGCUCAACCAGUAUAUUUGUGCACAUUUGCGUACCGGCGAUAAUGCGCUAUAG